AUGUGGUCCUGGUCCUUAGGCUCCCUAUUUCCUUAUUUAAUACUAGAACUUCAAUUACCUAAAGCCAAUUGCCAAUACCGAACGGUUCUGAUCUACGGAGGAGUUGCAAGCCAGGGAGCAAACGACCUGACAGCUUUCAAAACAGUUGGAGAAUGCAAAAAUGGGUGUUUUGUGAAAAACGAUUGUUUUCUGGCAUUAUUCGUUAUUGAUAAAUGUAUUUUCUUUAGCUAUACUGCUGCUGGUACAACAAUAACUGUUACACCCAGGAGUAAAAUACCCUACGUGGCUUUCAAGGUUGACUCCUCAAACAUCCCUAACAAUACCUGUCCGGCUACCUACAACAGUAUCAAGUUCUCACUAACCUCAUCUGCUGGGAAGAAGUACUCUUGGACAAAAACCGCGACUGACUGGAAAAUAACAACCUAA